UUGCAGAACCUUGUGAAGCACCUUCCAGAGCAGGAGCAGCUUCACGUGCUGACCAAGUACAAAAACGAGUAUACUAAUUUGUCAGAGCCCGAGCAGUUUGGGGUUGUGAUGAGCAGCGUGAAGCGGCUGCGACCUCGCCUCAGCCAUAUCCUCUUUCGGCUGCAGUUUGAGGAGCAGGUAAACAACCUGCGUCCAGAUAUCCUGGCGGUAAACGCCGCGUGUGAAGAGGUCAGGAAGAGCCACUCCUUUGGUCGAUUAUUAGAGCUGGUGCUGCUGCUGGGGAAUUACAUGAAUGCCGGCUCUCGAAACGCCCAGACCUUCGGCUUUGACCUCAGUUCUCUUUGCAAGCUGAAAGACACAAAGUCUGUGGACCAGAAGACAACGCUGCUUCACUUCCUGGCGGGAGUGUGUGAGGCCGAGUAUCCGGAUGUGAUCAAGUUUGUCGAUGACUUGGAGCACGUGGACCGAGCUAGCAGAGUGUCUGCAGAGAGUCUGGAAAAGAGCCUCCGGCAGAUGGAGAGGCAGCUGUUGCAGCUGGAGAGAGACCUGGAGACUUUCUCCUCCCCCGAUGACCCUAACGACAUGUUUUUCACCAAAAUGGCUAUAUCCUUUUUGCUCACGUAUGCUUAUGCUCACAGCUCUGGGGCUAUAUACACAAAACGGCCUACGCCUGCUGUCAAAUUGGGUGUUGUGCUCAAUCAUGUUGUCUGUAACGGAUCUCAUGUGGACCUUGACCACACCCUUCACAGCUUCAGCACCGUCGCUCGGGAGCAGUGCGACAAGCUGGUGGUCAUGCACCGCAACAUGGAGAAGUCCUACCAGAACAUGCUGGAAUACUUCGCCGUCGAUCCCAAGAAGACCUCAGUGGAGGAGCUGUUCACUGACCUCAGCAACUUCCGCUCCAUGUUCACCCAAGCACUAAAGGAGAACUUCAAGCAGAGGGAGCUGGAAGAAAAACAGAGGAGAGCGCAAGCAGCAAAGGAGAAGGCUGAGCGGGAAAAGCAGGAGAGACAGCAGAAGAAGAGGAGGUUGCUGGAAGUGAACGCAGGUAGAGACUCCUCAAUUUGCCUGGUCUGUCAGCUCUAG